AUGCUGGUGGGGCGAUUCAAGCAGAAUCGAAAAUCCAGGAAGCAACUGACAAAGCUCCGCACACAGCUACUGCGUCAAGCCAUUCUUAAUAAUUACAUGUGUAAGGUAAAUCCUCCCAAAACAUGGAACAAAAAGAGGGUGAUACGGGAGGCGAAGAAGAAGGAGAAGGAGAUACAUCAUUUGGUGGAGGAGAAUCAUUAUGAUGAGCUAGAAGAUGAUUGGUUUCAGGUAGUGGGAAAUGUAGCUGGAGAGGUAGAGAUAGAGGAAGAAAAAGUGAACGCGGAAAAGGCGGAUAUGUAUGAAGAGGAAGAGGUGGAGGACACAUUAGAGGAAAAGGUAGAGGAAGAAGAAGUGGAAGAGGUAGAGGAAGGAGAAAUGGAAUAUCAAGUGGAAGAAGAAGAUGAUGAUCUCCAGCAGGAGAAGGUGGAGAAUACACAGGUGGUGGAUGAGGUCGAAACGGAGGAAAUAAAAGAGAAGGAAAGUGAGAAGGUGAAAAUGGAAGCACUUACAGGAGACAAAGAGACAGAUGAGUACUGUUACUUACAGGAAGACAUCAACACUAGAGAACAGAAUUUAGAGACUGAUGAAGACCUGAUAAGUUUGACCCCUGUUAGAAUAUGCCAGGACAAGAACUGUAGCUGUUCCACUUUAUGGUCUUCUAACGAAUUACCCAAUAGUUAUCAACAGUAUUAUUACGAAAACUGGCACAGCAGUGCUUUUCCUGAAAAACAAGUGUUCACCGAUCUGGCAGAGUGCAUGUCUUCGCCCGUACCUACUGAUGGUGAAGACUUUAGGUAUUACACGUAUCUAGAGUCAGAGGACGAAGAGAUGUUAGAAAAGUCAUGGAACGAAUGUUUUGAAACUCAAGAAUCUCAUCUAGGGCAAGAUGCGGUAGAGGCAAACAUGUCUACUGGAUCAGUUACGGAUAAUGAAGGUGUGAGUAUUCCGACUAGAAAUGAGUUCGAGGAUUUGUCAAUCACAUUAACGACAAGAUCUUGCAGAAAAGAGGAAGAGGGGAUAUGCAGCAUGAGCAGUUGA